AUGGCAGGAGCAGAAAACAACGGCACACAGCCUUACACAGAAGAAGAAAUAAUCCAUCUCGAUGGUAGAAUGCUCGAAGGCGGCGGCCAACUGGUUCGCAAUGCCGUUGCCCUGUCUGCCCUCACCGGCAAGCCCAUCACCAUCACCGACAUUCGCGGAAAACGUCAAGGAAGGACGGGGUUGAAGGGCUCACAUGCAGCCGCGAUCAAAUUUCUUUCUGAGAUUUGCCAAGGGGAGGUCGUCGGUGGGGAGGUUGGAUCCAAGGCGCUUACAUUUUACCCUCGCGGCCGUCUACACGGCGACGAACGGGAAACACGAACAGAGAAAAAAGCUCGCGAAUCGGCCAAAACUCUAUUAGAUCUUACAUUAGCAAACGGAGAACUGCCAAAAAUCAAGCCUGAAUAUACUAUACGUCAGUCUACUGUCGGGUCAAUCUUUCUCAUUUUCCAGGCUCUAUAUCCCUAUCUGGUUUACGCUAGCAGCCUGACCGGGAAACCGGUGCGGUUGCAUGUCACUGGCGGUACCAACGUCAGCUGUGCCCCGUCAUUUGAAUACAUCGACCAAGUCCUAGUCCCCAACCUAGGAAAAAUCGGAUUGCCAAAGUUGUCGGUCAGAUUAAAUGGGCGAGGAUGGUCCACAGGGCCGAACGAGUUGGGCGCGGUGACUUUUCUAAUCCAUCCAUUACAAGCAUCAGACUUGGAUGCUUUGACACAUGGAGCUGGUGGCUCAAUACCAAGUGGUUUCCCUGCGCUUAACCUUAGUAAAUUCAGAAGGUCAACUAUUACAAAGAUUGACAUGACCAUUCUCGCGCCAGACACGGAAUUUGGGGACCAGCAGGCACAGGGAAAUCGCAAAGAUAGACGCCAAGCAGGUCGCGAAGGGAGCCAACAUGGUUAUGACUACGAGAUGUUCAACCCCAAACUAACCAUACGCGAAUACCUCGAAGAGACGACCUACACUCACCUACGUCGGGCGCUAAGACGGAUUGCAGAUAAACAGUCGCUGUUUCCCGCUGUGGAACAUGAAGAUGACGACGAAAUUGUUCCAAUCAGCCUAUAUUCCUCAAAAGCCACCCACCAUAGUACGCACCUGUACAUUCUACUCGUGGCACACAUGUCCACGGGGUUGACUAUUGGAACCGAUGCCCUCUUCAAUGGAUUCAAAAGUCGCAGCAACAACCGUCACAAUAAAAAACAGCGAGGGGAAAGAGGAGAAAACAACACGAUAUCAACUCUAGACGACUUGGUAGAGAAUUGCGUGAACGAUUUUAUCCAGGAGCUUAGUGGGAAUUCCGACAAGCCCGGGCCAGAGAGCAGCAACAACGACAACAAGCAUCGGCCUUGCGUCGAUGUGAACAUGCGCGACCAGCUGGUCAUCUUCGAUGCCUUGGGCUCUUUCGAACUCCAGCGAGAGAAAGCCGGAGACCGUCCGGUCGGAGCUGUUGCGAAUGAAGAAGACGAACGGUACUGGAGUUUACAUACCCGCACAGCGCGAUGGGUGUGUGAGCAGAUACUAGGGGAGGGUAUAUGGGGAGGUGACUAA